UGACUUGGUAAUUGAUUUGCAUUCGAUGUGCCACAUUGAUUGGCAAUUGAAACGUAAGGCAACCGCUUGAGUCCUCACCACUCAUUGUCACCGUUGCUAAUCAAGGCUAUCAAGGAUAAGCUGGCUGUCACCAUGUCGCUGUCUGUGGCCAGCCGUCGUCGCCUCCAGACGACGAACGCUCCCUCGUCCAGCCAUCCGCAUCCACCCUCCUCAUCCUCCUCCACUUCCGGUGGGCGCUAUCAUCUCCCCUUGUCGGUGAGGAAGCAGCACUCCUUCAUCGAGCCCACGGCCAGAUUCUCGGCCCAGCAGAGGGGCUACCUCUCCAGGGGUCUCUCCGUGGGCCGGUCCAUCGAGAAUAUCCGCCAGAAGCUGUAUCCCGUGAGUAGGCAGACUUCGUUGGCCGUCGAGGAGGCCAUUCCCAGGAUUGCCCCACGCAUCACUGCAUCACAGGUGCAGGGAUUGAGGCUGAGGGACAAGAGUCUGGUGGCCUGGUCCUCCACCACAUCGUUGCUGAAGGACCAGGAGGCGGAAAGGACUUCACAGGCUGAACCGGCAGAGGCCAAGAUUAGCGCCAAGGCGGACAAGAAUCGAAUUAAUCUGAAUAUAGUGCUGUCGCAGACCAUAAGGGCCACCAACGAGAGGGAACAGGAAGCGGAAGUGGAACCCGAGCCGGAAACGGAAGUGGAACCAGAGCACAGCAGCCAUCCGGUGGUGGAAGACACUCCCGACAUCCCGUUGAGCAUCUCGCCGGCCCUGACCGUCCAGAGGCGUCCGCUGGUGCGUGCUAUGUCGGCUCCGGUCCGCGGAUUCGACGAGAGCAGCAAGGCGGUCAUCGCCGCCAGCAAGCGCAGCCAGCAGAAGCUGCGCCGGAGGAAGAUCUUCUCGAGAACGCCCUCAACCUCGGUGGCCGUGCCCCUAGAUGUCAUCGGAGGGGACACCAACACCUCGUCCAACUCUAGCUCCUCCGCCUCGAAGAAGGCUCUCAACCGGUCGCGCAGCGUCGUUGCCCCCGAUGUCAUCACCCUGGUCUCCCUGCUGAGUUCCGAGGGCAGCGACUCCGAGCGGGAGGACAACAACAGUACGGUGACGGUAUCGUCGCCACCGGCAGGUGGCGGGGAGGAAAAACUCCAGCCAGGCGUCGCGCAGCGAAGGGCGCCGCUGCUGAGGAAGACGGGCAAAUCGGUCUCGUUUCAAGACAGCUAUCCGCCCACCUUCCAACUGGCCUCCAAGGAGUACUCGCACAUGAUACGCCGCGGAUCGAUAGCCCCACUAGCCGCAAGAAUUCGCGCCAAUCGACCGCCCACUGCGCCGCCGGUGUCCAUUUUCCUCACCGAGGUGCAGGUGAAAAUGGACCAGCCGUCGAAGAAGGAUGGUGGAGGUGCUGAUCAACCCACUGCUACCCUCUCAACCGAUGAGGCCAAGAAGGAGAACAACAACAAUGCGGCCAACUGUGAGGACCAACAGCCAUCCCCUCAGCCAGAUCACAAUUAUCCGGUUUAUGUGAGGAGUCUGAAGGAACGCGAGUGCUGGAAGCUGCAUCAGAAGAUGGGCGCCAAGGGAGUUAGUGUCAGCUAUGAGACUGUACUGAGGGGCAUGCUCACGCCCACGGAGUUCAGGCACUUCCAGAAGCAGCGGGAACAGGAGGAGGCUCGAGUUUUGGAGGAGGCGGAGGCCGCCGAAGCAGCCGCUGCAGCCGCAAUCCUCGAGAGCGGCGAGAAGGAGGGACGCAAGCCACCCAUCACGGCCAUCGAACGUCUCUCGGAGGCUCUGCUCCAGAGCAAAUAAGAACCAAGUUCCGAAACUAUGGAACCCGACCAUUAAAUUGCAUUUGCC